CUGGCCGGCUUCGGGCCGCGAGGAUCCCACUCUUCUGCCCGCGGGCGCCCGGGCUGGAGGGAAGAGAGGAGACACCGGGCCUCCGGCGGCAUGAGCCGGCCUCACCGCGGGGCCACGGGCAGCCGGGGCCUCGGCACCAUGGAGGUGAAGAGCAAGUUUGGAGCAGAAUUUCGGCGGUUUUCUUUGGAGAGGUCCAAACCUGGGAAGUUUGAGGAGUUCUAUGGAUUAUUGCAGCAUGUGCACAAGAUACCCAACGUUGAUGUUCUAGUGGGAUAUACAGAUGUUCAUGGAGAUCUGCUGCCUAUAAAUAAUGAUGACAACUAUCAUAAAGCAGUUUCCACCGCCAAUCCCCUACUCAGGAUUUUCAUUCAGAGAAAAGAAGAUGCAGACUACAGUGCCUUUGGUACCGAUACUAUGACAAGGAAGAAAAACGUCUUAACAAAUGUGUUACGUCCAGAUAAUCACAAGAAGAAACCACACGUUGUCAUUAGCAUGCCACAAGACUUCAGACCAGUGUCUUCUAUUAUAGAUGUAGAUAUUCUUCCAGAAACUCAUCGCAGGGUACGACUUUACAAGUAUGGAACUGACAAACCCCUUGGAUUCUAUAUACGGGAUGGCUCUAGUGUCAGAGUGACGCCACAUGGAUUAGAAAAAGUUCCAGGGAUUUUCAUAUCCAGGCUUGUCCCUGGGGGCCUGGCUCAAAGCACGGGCUUACUGGCUGUCAAUGAUGAAGUACUGGAGGUGAAUGGCAUAGAAGUUUCAGGGAAAAGCCUUGAUCAAGUUACAGACAUGAUGAUUGCAAACAGCCGUAACCUGAUCAUUACAGUCAGACCAGCAAACCAGAGAAAUAAUGUUGUGAGGAACAGUCGGAAUUCUGGCAGCUCUGGUCAGUCUACUGAGUCUAGUCUUCCAAGCAGCACGCCAAAUAUUUUAGCAAAUUUCUUGCAAGGAGAAGAAGAGAGUGACGAGGAGGACAUCGUCAUUGAAGAUAGCGGUGAGCCACAGCAAAUUCCUAAAGCUGCACCUACCAGCCUAGAAUCAUUGACGCAGAUUGACCUGCUCCAUGAGCCAACACAAAAUGGCUUCCUUCCUUCCAGUGAGGUGAGCUUGAGUCACUCAGCAUGCAACAUUAGCAUGGAAUAUGAAGUACAGAACCCAGAUCACAAGUCAUUAGAAGAAGACGGAACAAUAAUAACACUAUGAAAUUACAUUGGUGUACUCUGUACUGAGCAAGGAUGCUGUACACUUUUGAUUUGGCAUAAUAUAUGAUGUUUUAUACCUCUCCAUCUACUGUGCACUGCAAUUUGCUUAAAAGGAGGAAAAGAUAGUAAAUGUAAGAAAUUCACAAUGAUGUAAGUGGACUGACUCUGCACUUCCAUGUAAAUACUUCACAAAUAUUAAAAAAAAUAGUUGAUAACUGACUAAAAUUUAAAUUGAAGGUGAAGGAUAGCUAAGAGAUGGCUGUGAGCUUUCUCUUAACAGUACUUUUGUUUUUUUUGUGCAAAUACUAUUGGUUCUAUGGAAUUGAAUUUCCAUUAGUGUCUGAGGUUGAUUAUCUAAUGUGCUGUGGUUUCACAUUCAACUGAAGUGCUGCUUAUGUACCAUGGAGAUGCUUUAGUCGGUCAGUUCCUCUUCUGGACUGCUGUUUUGCUGAUAGAGCUGUCUGUGUGGCUCUGCGUAUGAGGAAACAAAAAUAAGCAGGAGAUGGGCUGGGAGAGAGGCACUCCUGGUUGGUGAGGUUCCUGAGUCAUUGAGCAACAGCAGUAUGUGAGGAGUUCAGCAGAUUAUCCUCAGUUAGAUAGGGCCUUCUGAGGCUGACUGUCCUGUUGUGGGUAUGUAACCACAGGCUCGUUAGUGAUGCAUCUAUAUUGUUUUUAAUUUGCCUUAUAUCAUGAGGUUCAUUUACUUUCAACUACACUAUGAUUUUUAAACCCAAAUGUGAAAUUUUUAACACUUCUGUAUCUCAGACCUCUUCUCAUUUUAGUUUGCAAUGUUUAGGACAUCAUCAAAUUUAGUUGCUAAUCUCAGUGAAUAGUAAAGAAAUCAAAUGUAAACUUAAUGCUAUGGAAGUAACAUUACAUAAUCCAUGUUUUAGAAAACAAAAAGCAGUCCUAGCAGAAGCUGCAAUGAUUUCUGCUAGAGAAGCUUGUUGUUAUGAGUCUAAAUGAUGUGAAAAAUUACUUUCUUCACACCUACACAUUUAAAGCAGCUUAGAUUGACUUAAAUCCCUGUACUUAGAAAACAGUUUGAAAUCAGGAUGAGAUUUCAAUAGAAUUUGAGCAGUAUGAUAUUAAAAUGAUUCAUUCCAAUGAAUUAAACUGUAAAUGCUGAUCUUCCUGUGCACCACUGGCUGGCUGUCUUAAAUAUUAUAGAGCUGUAUGUAUAAAGCAAAAUACAGAUGACAAGUGCUGAUACUGCAAAAGCACAUGCAAGCAAAUUUCCUAGGAGAAUGGCAGGGAAAGGCUUCUAGCACUUCCUCCUUCUUAGGAUCUUCUGUUUUACCACCUGGCACUCUGUUCCCCACCUGACUCUAUUUUGGGAAUGUUACUCCUUGCAGGAAAGUUAGACGGGAAUUAAUGAAGUUGGGAGGAAGGUGAAUGGAGCUUCUCAACAGGGAUCCAGCAGUCUGACUCAACCUGUAAGAAAGCAGUAGGAUGUGACCAGUUCUGUACUGUGCUUCCAGAUUCUUGGAAGCCUCUUCUGCCCUGUGGGGAGAGAUGGAACAAACAGGAAAGGAAACAAACUUUUUUUUUUUUUUCCCCCAGUCUACUCUGGGGAAACAUCUACCUCUCGUAACUUCACUAAUAUGGGGCUAUCUAGAAGUUUGGUGUUAAGGCAUCUGCACAAGGGUUAGGGCUAGUGUAUCAGAGGCUAAGAGUGUAGUAUAAACAAAAUUGCUUCAGUUAUUAGUGGCAUUAAAUUUUAAUGCGUUUGAAUUUGAAAUUAAUAAUCUUAACAUUGGAGUUCAAAUCUCCCGGGCUUUGAAGCGUUUUACUUAUUUUUGCUAAUUAUAUGAAGCAACUAUAUCUACUUAGAGGAAAAUCUUCACUCUGCAAUAUGUAAGCUUCAAUAACACCUUUUCUGACUGCUGCUCUACACUUCCUUUACUAAAGGAAGAUUGUUUACUUUAAAGUAUGUUCUUCCUUUAUUAAAGACUUUCCUUCCUGUAUAAAGUCAUCAGCUGAUGGUGACUGUCAUCUAUUAUGCUAGUUUGCACUUCUGUGCCUUUUGUUUACUUGAAUAUAUUGUGAAUAAUUAAAGGAGCAAAGGCACUUGGGUGAGAAAAGAAUGAGGUCCACAGACACAGAAGAUGAAGUGGUAGCAUACUGAAUGCAGGUGUGAUGCUCUCAUUCGGAGGAGGUGCACUGUGGGUCUGCUGUGGUGCACUGGCAUUUUGCAGCAUGGGUGCAUGAUGAGCUAUUAAGUUAGGCAGGAGGGUUGGUUCUGAGAAUGCUAAUUACAGAAUGUUACACGGUAACUUAUUGCUGAAGUACAAAUGCCCAAAGUUAGAGUGCUGCCAAACUCUGUGUUACCCAAUUUGUACUUUAACAGACGCAUGGAUGAAUUGGAUGUGUAUGCUGGUACGAAGGAUUUGUAGGCACUAACUAGGGUCCCACUAUAAAUUGCAUGGGAAUUCAUCCCGUAGGACCUUUUCUGCAAUUCUGUAAUCUAAUUGAUCUAAAUAUGUGAGAGAAUACACUUGAUGUGUGAUGUUCUGUUUUACAGGAACUUGAUUACACACACAGCAAAACUGUGCAUUUGGGAUUUGGUUAGAACAAAACACUAAAUAUACAUACUGAAAACUGA